AUGGCAGCAGAUGAACCUCUGGAGGCUCCAUCAAAAAGACCAUCGCCCUUCUUCCACAGUACUCCGCUCACAGGACCGGACUCCCUAGCCAUCCUACAUCUCAAGAGAGACAGCCUAUUGCCACUCACGCUUCGCACAACCGCCGACGAAGGAUACGCAGAGGGCGCAGUGACGAACACCCGAUUCGGAAGCUUCCCUCAUAGCACGCUGCUCGGCACUGAAUGGGGAACUCAGAUUCGAGCGAGUAAAGUCGACACCGGCUCACGGGGACGAAAAGGCAAGCAGCACAAGGAGCCGCCAAAAGACCAAGGGGAGCGUAGUGGACCCUCUAAUGCCGCCUCCAAGGAUUCGGACAGCAGCAAGAAGCGCAAGGCGGACGAGAGCUCGCAGAUUGACGAUGUGCCCACAAGUCCAGCAAAGAAGCUGAAGCAGCCUCCACAGCAGAACGAACAACCAUUAGUGCCGAAAGCAGCAGUCGAGGCUGGAUCUGGGUUCUGUCACAUUCUACCUCCUACGCCGGAAGCAUGGACGUCGUCCCUGGACCAUAGGACACAGGUCGUUUAUACGCCGGACUACAGCUACAUACUACAACGGCUUCGAGCGAGGCCAGGAAGCACGAUCAUUGAAGCUGGGGCUGGUAGUGGCAGCUUCACCCACGCGGCGGCGCGAGCGGUCUUCAAUGGCUAUCCUUCCUCAUCCUCAACCAGUACGCAGCAUUCUGGCAAAGUCUACUCAUACGAAUACCACGAGCCCCGAGUCGCCACUCUACGCCAAGAACUCCACGACCACGGCCUGGACAGUAUAGUCCACCUCACCCAUCGAGACGUCUGCAACAAGGGCUUCGCUCUCGACGCUUCCACACCUCCCCCUCGCGCAGAUGCCAUAUUCCUCGACCUCCCCGCCCCCUGGCUCGCACUCAAACACCUCACCCGCUCCACCCCCUCCGCCCCUCUCAACCCCUCGGGUCCCACCCACCUCUGCACCUUCUCCCCGUGCAUCGAACAAGUCACCGCCACCGUCUCCUUCCUGCGCAAAAACCACUGGACCGAGAUCAGCAUGUGCGAAGUCCAGCACAAACGCAUCGACGUGCGACGCGACCGCGUCGGGCUCAAAGAGGAAGGGCUCCGCGGCGUCAACGCCAGCGCCGCGAGCGUUGAAGAAGCGAUCCAGCGAUUACGGGAUGUGGAGAGUAAACUGAGCGUGUAUCAUGAGAAUCGAGCGGCGGCGGAGGAAGGCGGCCAGCAGAAAAAGAUCCAGAGUAAGGCGGAGCGGUUGGAGAAGAUCAAGCGGGAGGCGGAGGGGAGGAAGAUGUAUAAGGAGGGGAAUUUGGUGCAGAGGACGGAGCCGGAGGUGAGGACGCAUACGAGUUAUCUUGUUUUCGCGGUCUUGCCGAGGGUGUGGGGUGAGGAGGAUGAGAGGAGGUGUGCGGAGGCGUGGCCGGUGGAGGAGGUGAUGGGUGGGGAGGCUGAGAAUGAGGACGGGAAGAAGGCAUAA